UUUGCCUGGUUUUCCAUGCUGCAAGACAAAUGACCACGGGACAAUAAAGAGUGGGUUCGUCGUAGAGCACUUGAAUGCAUCAUAGCCAACAUCUCCACAGGUGGUUACUUUAACAGCUCCGAUAAACGUGAGCUAAUACAGAUGGCUAAUGUUUAGAGUAGUAGCUAUCCGGGAGAACAGAGCAUCUCUAGUGCGUAACAGUAUUCGGUGGAAUUUGACAUUUUUAGGAAAAGACACUAACAACGGAUGCAUACUGUGUUACCCUCAGGAUGAGAAGUACGACAGUGGUACUAAGGGCUUUUAAAAAACAUCGCCACACUAAUUUAGCUUGAAGCAAGAAACUAACUAACGUUAGCAGAAUUUAAUUUGUCCAUUAUGUUUUGCUGAUACAUUUCCAGUUAACUGUCGCGACUCUGACGUAUCAUCAGCUUUAGAUAACACUUUAAAAAAAGCUAAAAGCUCAGAAAUCAAGUUGAUUUUCAGGUUAACGUGGCUCACGUUAAUAUAGAAUCGACUUUCGCUGACUUCCAGUCAAAAGGAUUUGACAGACUUAAACAUUGACUUAUCCAACUUUUUAUAGAGGAGCUGAAUGGCCUCUGCUGUAGCAGUGAAAACUGAGAAGCGACCUGCAGCUGAUUCUCAGGAUGCAGACUCAAAUGCAAAAAAGCCCAGGAAACUGCUACCCAGCCUGAAGACUAAGCGAGCCCCUGAGCUUGUCCUGGUAAUUGGCACAGGGGUAAGCUCUGCAGUGGCCCCCCAGGUCCCUGCACUCCGCUCCUGGAAAGGCCUCAUCCAGGCUUUGCUCGAUGCAGCUAAUGACUUUGACCUAUUAGAGGAGGAGGAGAGUCGGCGUUUCCAGAAGCACAUGGAGGAAGAUAAAAAUCUGGUGCAUGUGGCCCAUGACCUCAUCCAGAAACUUUCCCCGAGAACGGGAAAUGUGCGAUCCACAUUCUUCAAGGACUGUCUGUAUGAAGUGUUUGAUGAUUUGGAGUCCAAAAUGGAGCAUGCAGGGAAACAUCUACUGCGCUCAGUGCUGCAGUUAAUGGAGAGUGGUGCACUGGUCCUCACUACUAACUUUGACAACCUGUUGGAGAUCUAUGCAGCUCACCAGGGCACUAAGCUGGAGUCUUUGGACCUGACGGAUGAGAAGAAGGUGCUGGAGUGGGCUCAGGAGAAACGGAGGUUAAGUGUACUUCAUAUCCACGGUGUUUACACCAACCCCAGUGGUAUUGUACUACACCCUGCUGGAUACCAGAAUGUACUGAGGAACACUGAGGUUAUGCGUGAGAUCCAGAAGCUGUAUGAGACCAAAUCAUUCGUGUUCCUCGGCUGUGGGCGCACAGUAGAUGACACAACCUUCCAAGCUCUGUUCUUGGAGGCAGUGAAACACAAAUCGGACCUGGAACACUUCAUGCUUGUGCGGCGGGAGGACGUGGGUGAGUUUAAGAAGCUGCGUGACAACAUGCUGGACAAGGGCAUCAAAGUCAUCUCCUAUGGAGACGAGUAUGCCGACCUGCCAGAAUACUUUGAGAGGCUGGCCAAUGAGAUCUGCAACCGCGAUGUGUCUGCCAACAGCUGGGGGUCACCCUCACAAAAUGGGGAGGAACAACAGACCGGCUGUAACACACAGAAAAGCCUCCUUCAAGGCCAACCUGGAAGUUGGCAUCACCAUGGUUCCUUCAACAAAAAGUCAAUGGGAUUUUUCCAUUUAUAGCACUUGCACAUUUUGUUCAGCAAGAUAAUUGUCACAAGUGAACUCUAUGACUGUGCAAGUCCCAACAUAACCUACAGACUGAAGGUAAUGCAUGUGCUGCUUUCCAGGUCUCUAUACUCUUGAAGCUGAAGAUGAUUCAAAACCUGAAAUCUCUGCUUCAGUCAGUAGUAAAUUCUUGUAGCCUAUCACAUAAUUAGAUGUAAAUGUUUCAUUUUAAGCUGUCAAGAAAACAAGAGCUUUUACUGAAACUCACUUUCUCAGUGUCAGUUACAUUUUUCUGUAAGCAU